AUGGGUUGGGCAGUGGUGUUGGCCAUCCUCAUCUCAUCGGUUUUGCAUCCCUUGUUGCUGACAACUUUAGCUGAUGAAUCCGACAACAACCGAGACGCUUUGCUCUGCCUCAAGUCUCGCCUCUCCAUCACCACAUGGAACACCACCUCACCAGAUUUCUGCAGUUGGCGUGGUGUCUCGUGCACAAGGCAGCCACAACUACCAGUAGUGGUGGCCUUGGACUUGGAGGCACAAGGCCUCACCGGCGAAAUCCCACCCUGCAUGUCCAACCUCACCUCGCUGGUGCGAAUCCACUUGCCGAGCAACCAGCUCUCCGGUCAUCUCCCACCAGAGAUUGGCCGGCUCACUGGACUCCAGUACCUCAACCUCAGCUCCAACGCGCUCAGCGGAGAGAUCCCGCAAUCACUGUCGUUAUGCUCUAGCCUUGAGGUCGUGGCACUGAGAAGCAACUCCAUUGAAGGUGUGAUCCCGUUGAGCCUCGGUACGCUCCGCAACCUUUCCUCUCUAGACUUGUCCAGCAAUGAACUUUCUGGUGAGAUUCCACCUCUACUCGGGAGCUCACCGGCUUUGGAGUCUGUCAGUCUCACCAACAACUUUCUCAAUGGAGAAAUCCCGCUGUUUUUGGCAAAUUGUACCUCACUUCGCUACCUUUCUCUACAAAACAACAGUCUUGCUGGGGCCAUACCGGCAGCUCUUUUCAACAGCUUAACCAUCACAGAAAUACAUAUUUCGAUGAACAAUCUUUCUGGGUCAAUUCCACUUUUCACAAACUUCCCUUCAAAGCUCGACUACCUCGAUUUAACAGGGAACAGCCUAACCGGAACUGUGCCGCCCUCAGUAGGAAAUCUCACACGGCUUACCGGUCUGUUAAUUGCGCAAAACCAGUUGCAGGGAAACAUUCCGGAUCUAUCCAAGCUAUCAGACCUGCAAUUCCUUGACCUCUCAUACAACAAUCUAUCAGGGAUAGUGCCACCAUCUAUUUACAAUUUACCUUUGCUGAGAUUCCUUGGGUUGGCCAACAAUAAUCUUCGAGGAACACUUCCUUCUGAUAUGGGGAACACUCUUUCUAACAUCAAUUCAUUGAUCAUGUCUAACAAUCAUUUUGAGGGUGAGAUUCCGGCAUCGCUAGCCAAUGCCUCCAGCAUGGAGUUCCUGUAUCUCGGCAACAAUUCGCUGAGCGGGGUGGUUCCUUCCUUCGGCUCCAUGUCGAAUUUGCAGGUUGUAAUGCUGCACUCAAAUCAGCUAGAAGCUGGAGACUGGACAUUCUUGUCAUCCUUAGCAAAUUGUACAGAGCUGCAAAAGCUGAACUUGGGUGGAAACAAACUAAGCGGUAAUUUGCCGGCUGGUUCUGUAGCAACCCUGCCGAAAAGGAUGAAUGGCUUGACUCUGCAGUCAAACUACAUAUCUGGCACCAUUCCCUUGGAGAUUGGGAACCUGUCUGAAAUUUCCCUACUUUACCUUGAUAACAAUCUUUUCACAGGGCCUAUACCUUCUACUCUUGGCCAGCUAAGCAAUUUGUUUAUUCUUGACCUAUCCUGGAACAAGUUCUCUGGAGAAAUUCCACCUUCCAUGGGUAACUUGAAUCAGCUGACGGAAUUUUAUUUACAAGAAAAUGAAUUAACUGGAAGCAUACCCACAAGUUUAGCUGGCUGCAAGAAAUUGGUGGCACUAAACCUUUCCAGCAAUGGCCUCAAUGGGAGCAUCAACGGGCCCAUGUUUAGCAAGUUGUAUCAGCUGAGUUGGUUACUUGACAUAUCACAUAACCAGUUCAGAGACUCCAUACCUCCAGAAAUUGGUAGCUUGAUAAACCUUGGUUCCUUGAACCUUUCGCACAACAAACUCACAGGUAAAAUUCCAUCCACACUUGGUGCAUGUGUCCGGUUGGAAUCACUGAACUUAGGCGGGAACCACCUAGAAGGAAGCAUUCCACAAUCACUGGCAAACCUGAAGGGUGUCAAAGCAUUAGAUUUCUCCCAAAACAAUUUAUCCGGUACAAUACCAAAAUUCCUUGAGACAUUCACUUCACUGCAGUACCUAAAUAUGUCCUUUAACAACUUUGAGGGGCCAGUUCCAAUAGGUGGAGUCUUUGACAACACAAGUGGUGUUUCUUUCCAAGGAAAUGCACUUCUUUGUUCAAAUGCUCAAGUCAAUGAUUUACCCAGGUGCUCCACCUCGGCAUCUCAGAGAAAGCGCAAGUUCAUUGUUCCAUUGUUGGCAGCUCUGUCAGCUGUUGUUGCAUUGGCCUUGAUCUUAGGGCUGGUUUUCCUGGUUUUCCAUAUUUUGAGAAAGAAGAGGGAGAGAUCAAGUCAGUCUAUUGACCACACAUAUACAGAGUUUAAAAGGCUAACAUACAAUGAUGUAAGCAAAGCAACGAAUGGCUUCUCUCCAACCAAUAUAGUUGGUUCUGGGCAAUUCGGGAUAGUGUAUAAAGGUCAGUUGGAUGGAAAAGACAGCUCGGUUGCUGUUAAAGUAUUCAAACUUAAUCAGUAUGGUGCAUUGGAUAGCUUUAUUGCUGAGUGCAAAGCUUUGCGGAACAUCCGGCACCGAAAUCUCGUGAGUGUCAUAACUGCAUGCUCAACUUACGAUCUGAUGGGGAAUGAGUUCAAAGCUCUGGUCUUCCAAUAUAUGGCAAAUGGUAGCCUUGAGAAUCGACUUCAUGCUAAGCUCCAGAACAAUGCUGAUUUGAGUUUGGGAACAGUGAUAUGCAUAGCAGUAGACAUUGCGUCUGCUCUGGAAUACCUUCAUAACCAAUGCACCCCACCAGUGGUUCACUGUGAUUUGAAGCCAAGCAAUAUACUCUUUGACGAUGAUGAUACUUCGUAUGUCUGUGAUUUUGGGCUAGCAAGGUUAAUUCAUGGUUAUUCAUCUGAAGCUCAGAGCAGCUCAACAAGCAUAGCUGGACCAGGGGGGACUAUUGGAUACAUCGCUCCUGAGUAUGGCAUGGGCAGUCAAAUCUCAACUGAGGGCGAUGUCUAUAGUUACGGAAUUAUACUUUUAGAAAUGCUAACAGGGAAAAGACCUACGGAUGAAACAUUCGGUAAUGGCCUUACACUCCAGAAGUACGUAGAUGCAUCACUUUCAGAAAUUGAACGCGUUCUUCGCCCCAGUCUUAUGCCAAAAAUUGGAGAUCAACCUACUAUUACCCCCAAAAUAGAAGAAUACAGGGCAACUACAGUGAUGCAUAUCUGUGCUCUGCAACUCGUUAAACUUGGGUUGUUAUGCUCCGUCGAGUCACCAAAAGAUCGCCCAAGCAUGCAUGAAAUUUACAGCGAAGUAAUUGCUGUAAAAGAAGCAUUUUUCUCAAUGAACAGUUGAGAGAUACACUACACGCCUAGAACAGUUUUGAUAUACUGCACAUAGAUUUAUGUCGCAAAUAUUUCCGUUUAUUUGGAUUGUUUUCUUCAUUCUAAAGGCCAGGUACCAAAUUGCUGAAUCUUUUUAUGUAAAUUUCACUAUGCAUUGAUGUUAAAGGCCCGAGCUAUUCUGUCAAUUUGAACUUUUCUUCAGAGAUAAAAGGCCGGUAGCUCUGUUUUCCUAUUGCUUUCAUCAAUGCCAAAGCAACUUGGCCUCCCCCGCACAAAUGUGUGGGGCGGACAAUAAUCAAUAUUUACAGCUGAAAUCUCUGCAUUGGUGUUGGAAGUUGCUUCUUUUCUAACCAGAAGUCUCUCAAUUUGCCUCACUGCUAAAUAGCCGAAACACUAGCUAACAUUCCUGUAUGAUGUGUCAAGUUUGGAGCACCCAGUAGGCCAGUACUGGUACUAGUAGUAUUGGUGGUGGCUGCAACGAAGCCCAAUCUCUAGGGACUGCGACUACAAGUCCGAUUAAUCCUGGUUAAAUCAAGUUUGAAGCAAAAACUGUACAAGAUCGAUACGGUAAUUUUGGUAUUUGACACGGAAAUAACAGGACUAGAAAAGAAAAUAGCAAACCCUAGGU